AUGAUCCACUCCAGUCGAGAUCAGCCGAUCCCUUAUCGGGCGAGCUGGGAUGAGCAUUAUGGAUGGAUGAGUUCAUCCCCGUCGGAGGGGAUGAACUCAUCCACCCGAGCGGUUGACUCCGAGGAAGUCGGAGUGAAGCACAUCUUGAAGGAAAUCGAUGGUCAUAUAAGAUGUGGACAAUUGACCGCCAUCAUGGGGCCCAGCGGGGCCGGGAAGACUUGUUUCAUGAACGUCCUCGCUGGUUACACGACAAAGGGAGUGACGGGAGCGGUGACGGUGAACGGGAGGGCGAGGAACCUAAGGAAGUUCCGGAAGCUGUCGGCGUACAUCACCCAAGAAGAUCACCUGAUGGAGUGCUUGAGCGUGGGCGAGUCCAUGGCCAUGGCCGCCAACCUCAAGCUGCCUGCCACCUUGUCCAAGGAAGAGAAGGCAAACGUCGUGGCAGAGAUCCUGGAGAAUCUGGGUUUGUGCGAAUGCGUGAAGACCAGAGCCCAGUCUCUAUCGGGAGGUCAAAGGAAACGGCUGUGCAUCGCCCUCGAACUGGUUAACAAUCCUCCCAUCAUGUUCUUCGAUGAACCCACCAGUGGACUGGACAGUUUGUCGUGCGAGCAGUGCAUCAAUCUGUUGAAUACUCUGGCAAAGGAAGGAAGGACGAUCAUCUGUACUAUCCAUCAGCCAAGUGCCAAAAUCCUGGAGAUGUUCUCGCAACUCAUUCUACUGGCGGACGGCAGAUGCUUCUACGCCGGUUCCGUGAAAUCCCUCGUCCCCUACCUGGGGGAAACCCACGACCUUCACUGCCCUCCCUAUCACAACCCUGCCGACUAUGUGUUGGAGUUGGCAGGGGUUCAGCAUGGAAUGUUGGAGCAAUUGGUCCAGGCCACAAGAGAUGGCAAGUGUCUCGAAUACGAUCUGGAACAUAACAAGGACUUCUUCCGCACCAGUAGCAAGUUAAGUCGUCAGAACACCUUGAUGUCGAGGCAGAACUCCACGCAACCCGACAGAGUUCGAGGAGGAGGUGAGAAGAGGGAAGACAUAGAAAUGAAGGCGCGCAUGGAAAUGGGUCUCUUGGAGGAGAAGCUUGAAGUGGAGGAGGAAGGGGACGAACACGUACCCAGCUUCGCCGUUUCUUUUUUUACUCAACUCCGGAUUCUCACCUACAGAUCUCUUCUCUCCACCAUACGCGACAAGAACAAUGGCUACAACCGGAACUUCAUCAAACGUACAAUUCAGCGGUUCCUUGAGACAAACUCUACAGAAGAUCGUCAUCGAUCAGGUCGACCGAAGUCUGUGUCAACCACUGCCAACAUCAAAAGGAUGCUGAUGAACGUGAGGAUAGCCUCCCACAUAGGGAUGGGUCUGCUCAUCUCAUUGAUGUUCGUUGGCCUGGGUGACGAUGCGUCCAGGGUCUACAACAACUUGUCUGCAAUCUUAUUCACCAAGUUCUUCCUCAUGUUCAGCUCCAUGUUGUCCACCAUUCUCACAUUUCCUCUGGAGAUGCCAGUGCUGGUACGAGAGACUAUGAACUCAUGGUACAACCCCAUAACCUACUAUCUCGCCAAAACGAUCAUUGACAUCCCCUUUCAGAUUAUAUUCACCCUCUGCUACCUGGUGAUUGUUUACUUCAUUACGUCGCAGCCGCUCUCGACGGAACGGUUCCUGAUGUACUUCGCAAUUUGUGCCUAUGUGUCCCUCAUUUCACAAACCAUGGGACUCCUCAUUGGUGCCGCUUUCAAAAUUCAGACUGCUGUAUUCGUGGGUCCGGUGUGCUCGGUCCCGUUGUUCCUCUUCUCCGGGUUUUUCCUCAGUGUAAAGGCGAUGCCACAAUACUAUACAUGGAUCUCUUAUCUCUCGUUCAUGAGGUACAUCUACGAGGGAUCCAUGUUUUGCAUCUAUAGCUUCGAUCGGGAGGAUCUCACGUGCAAGCAACCGUUUUGCCUCUUCAAGGACCCAAAACAGUUCCUCGCUCAGGUGGACCUCGAUCACAAUGUCUACUGGGAUGAUUUCUGGAUCCUUUUCGGCUUUGUUCUCGCCUUACGAAUUGCUUGCUACAUUCUGCUUCGGUGGAGGCUCCUGCUGCGAUAA